AUGUCGAUUAAACGUGCCCUCUCCAAGGCCAUUAGAGGACACUUGGGAGGUGAGGAUGACUCCUCUGGUUCCAACAUUCGCUCUGCCCUGCCACCCAAAGUUCGUACCGCCCAAUCUCGGUCCAGUUCCCCCACCGCAUCCCCUCGUCGCAGCAUCCUCGGCAACUUCCUACGUGAUAAGAAUGAGUAUGUUUCUUCCUCAGACGAUGUCUCCGACGACUCGUCUACCGGUGGCUUGAGCAAAAACCAACAAAAGCGGUUGGUGCGUCAGCACCGCCGAAGCGAGCGCAGUCGUCUCAGCGAGGAGAUGUUCUCCGAGACCGACCACCGCCGCAAGGAAGAGGAGAUUGCCAAAGCUGCAGCUGAGGAGACCCCAGAUAUGAAAGCUCGGUAUGGCGAGCUUCCCUUAAUGCAGUCGGCCACUCGAACACGAGAAGUGCGUACUCGGAUCGAUGACAUAACUCUUUCUAUGGAGGGACAGCAAGUGCUUUUCAGCGCACGACUGCACGUAAUCCGUCGAAUGAGUGCCAAACUAGUCUUCCUGGUAUUCCGCCAGCAGCUAGCUACCUUCCAGGGUGUGUUGCAUGAGCGGGAGGGGAUAUCGUCUCUCGCCAUGAUCCAGUGGGUGGAGCAUCUCCGGGUUGGCUCUUUUGUCAUGGUCCGUGGCACCAUACAGAAACCUGAGGUUCCAGUGUUGGGUUGCUCAAUCCAUGAUGUUGAGCUGGCCGUUGACUCGGUUCACCUCCAGGUUCGCCGCGAUGAACCUGUCCCCUUCAGCGUCUACGAGGCAGAGAUUCGGACCAACGAAGAAGAAAAGGCCGAGGGCCGCCGCAACCAUAUCCCUGACCGGACACGUUUGGCCAACCGGAUCCUCGACCUUCGCACGGCAACCUCGCAAUCCGUCUUCCGUCUGCAAGCUGCAACAUGUAAUCUUUUCCGUGCUGCCCUUGACGACCGCGAAUUCGUCGAAAUCCACACGCCAAAGCUGCAAGGCGCCGCUACCGAGUCCGGAGCGAGUGUCUUCAAGGUCAACUAUUUCGGCCGCGCUGCAUUCCUCGCUCAGUCUCCUCAAUUGGCGAAGCAGAUGGCUAUCGCUGCUGAUUUCGGCCGCGUCUACGAGAUUGGUGCUGUUUUCCGUGCCGAAAAUUCUAAUACCCACCGUCAUCUUACAGAAUAUACUGGGUUGGAUCUUGAGAUGGCCAUUGAGGAACACUACCACGAGAUGCUUGAGACCCUUGAUGCUGUGAUUAAGAAUAUCCUCAAGGGCAUCUACACCAAAUACCGCCGCGAGGUUGAGCUUGUCAAGUACCAGUUUCCCUCUGAAGAUGUAGUAUGGCUAGAAGAGACGCCGAUCAUUCGUUUUACCGACGGUAUCAAGAUGCUGAACGACUCGGGCUGGUUGAACGAAGACGGCGAACAACUACCUCUAGACGAGGAUCUGGGUACCCGUGAUGAGAUUCGCCUGGGUGAGCUCGUCAAGGAGCAAUACGGCACCGAUUACUAUGUUCUUGACAAAUUCCCUCGCGGUGCACGUCCCUUUUAUACGAUGCCCGACGCCGAAGACGACAAGUACACGAACUCAUUCGACAUGUUUAUUCGUGGCCAAGAGAUUGUCUCCGGUGGUCAACGUAUCCACGAUGCCCACAUGCUAGAGGAAAACAUGCGUCGUGUAGGCAUUAACCCGGACGAUAUGGAGGAGUAUCUUGAGGGCUUCCGCUGGGGUGCCCCGCCCCACGCCGGCGCCGGAGUUGGCCUGGAACGUAUUGUGAUGCUUAUUCUUAAGCUGGGCAACAUCCGGCUAACGUCAAUGUUCCCUCGCGACCCCAAGAGCCUGCCAGCCAAGCCUGUCUCUGAACAGCUCCGUCACCCAGAAUCAUCGACCAUUGAACCACCAUGGCACCGUGAGCACAAGGCUCGGACAGCUUCGGACCCCAGUGAGCUGCAGCCUCUGGAACAUCUGGUUGCUAACUACGGCGAUGCCACAUCAACCUCCUGGUUUGAUGACCGCUUCAAGAUCUGGCGUGACAUGGCCACUGGUGCAGCCGUCGCCUACGUGCCUAGCUCCUCCAACUACGCGAUCAUUCCGGGUAACCCGGCCUGUGACCCCAAGCAGUACACACGCACAAUUACACUAUUUUUGCAGUGGCUACGCCGUGAAACCAAGUUCAAGCCCGUGUGGAUCCUCUGUUCACCUGAGGUUGAAACUAUUCUUGGCGAGCGACUAGGCUGGCGCAGUUUGUCCUGUAUCGCCGAAGAGCGCGUUGACCCAUCGCGCAACCAGGCCGCUUCCGACGGCGAGCUUGCACGUAAGCUGCGUCGCGCUGAAAGUGAGGGCAUUAAGCUGGUCUCUAUGAAGCAAGGCGAGAUGGUACCAGACGAUAUCCGCAAGAAGAUUGACGAGCGUGUCAGCGAGUGGCUGUCCAACCGCAAGGGCACGCAAGUGCACCUGUCCCAGAUCCGCCCAUGGUGCGACUCCGAGCACCGUUGGUACUUCUAUGCUCUAGACAAGAACGGCCUCGUCUGUGCGUUCGUCGCUUUGGCUAUGCUGUCUCCUGCCCACGGUAUGCAAGUCAAAUACAGUCUUGAUUUCCCCGGCGCACCCAGUGGUGUUAUUGAAUACAUUGUCACGCAUGCAAUCCAGACCGCCGCUAAGGGCGGCGUCAAGGGCCUCACAUUUGGUGCUGGCGCCACUUCCCAGCUCACCGCUGGCCACAACAUGCACGGAACCAAGGUCAAGAUGCUGGAACACACCUACGAAGCCCUCGCUAAACAGUUCCAUCUUGUGCGCAAGAGUGAAUUCCGUGCUAAGCUCGGCGCCACCGAGGACCCGCUGUACAUCUCCUACCCGACCCAUGGCCUGGGCUCCAAGGGUAUUCGCGCGAUCCUGAACUUCUUUGAAGAUUAA